CACCUAUGCGGCCAAAGACGUACCACAAACUUGUGGCUGAGGCGGUGCUCGCUCCAGCCACAUGUUCGUGGUUUUCCACAAGGGUAUCCACAUCCAGCUAAAAUCCAGCUGAUGCACGGAAGCAUCACCAGCCACGCCACACUUCUGCUGUAAGGCCCUGACCACUCAGGGUUGCCCAUCAUCACAACUGUGUUCCACAACAAUGCUGCCCUUCUUCACUGAAUAUCUGUAUUUCCCCAGACUUGCCAAGUGCAUCAUCACCAAGAGCACCUUGUUUGAGGUGAAUGCACAAUGCCAACAUGUACUGUUCACCCCCAAUGACAAGUUCUUGUAUGGGCAGUCCCCACAGCAAAGGAAGCAUGCUGUGUAUCUGGCAAGAACUCAAGAAGAACAACUAGCCUACCAGUGCAAGCAAACAAAAAAAAAUGUGGAAGCAAUGUCAAGAGAAGAAGAGCAAGUCCCUUCAAUGACUUGAGAUGUGGAAGAAGAAACAGGCACUGGUGCAAGUGGUUGAGGCACUCACAUACUGAUGAGCAGCAUGGGUACAUGGGCAUGUAUGUAGUUACAAGAGAGGGACAGAGGUAUCUAAUGCAAAC